CAAAAAGUCAUUUUUUUCGGUGAAAAAAUUAUACAUGUUUCAUAUAAUGGAAUGCUAAAAAUAUUUUAUUAACGCUAGUGAAAUUUCCGGUAGAAAUUUCCGCCCAUCAAAAUCUAUUCAUCCGAUUCUAUAAAAAAACCCAAGAAUAAGUAAAAUAGCAGCAUUAUCGUAAAGGCACGCCAAUCGUGACUAUAUCAUUAAUAGUCGCGGUUGAAAGAAAAGAGACAGAGUGGGGCUGAUGAUUUCCGAGCACGUUCGACAGUGCGACAGCAGUCUGUUACGCGGAUAGAUUGAAUCGAGAUAAUGCUGCCAUUGCUUUUGUGAUUCCAUCGGUAGUCCGGUUAUCAGCGAGUGCUAACGAGCGUCGAAACGUUUUGUAACCGCGGAAUCAUUUCUUUCGAUAAAAACGGAUAUCUCAUACGAAAUAUAUAUUUAUAUUAUAAAAUAUAAUCUCUCUUACGUUUACUUUAUGGUGGCCUCGAUAUAAUAUGCGUGAUGGUACGAUUCGCGAUAGUGACGUAAAUUGUACGCAAUCGUACGCGAUAUGGUAACAUCAGUGACAUCAGCAAAUUUAUAAUGUUAAAUAUGACCCGAAUUAGUGAAAAUAUUGGACGAGAGUACUAAAGGGCACGCUGUACCAAUUCUCGUGUAUAAUUUUCCUCGUUUUGCUUUAUUUCUUCGCGAGAGUCAGUCGACAAACGCUUCCACGAUUCCACCUCCAAGGCGCAUCGUCCUUCAACAACCGCAUGGCGUCAUCGUCGACACCAGUAUUUGUCUGACAGUGUCGUAGGAUCAAAGAAGAUAACCGAUAUAGUGGCUCAUACAGAGUCCGUCCGUAUUUUGGAUUGUACUUUGUUCUCGUGAAACAGUGCGUUUUUCAACAGCACGUGAUUCAACGUCGAAAAUUCUGGACCAGUUCGAAUGAAGUUUCCCUGUUUGCAAAGCAUCCUUCAUGACGACAGCAUAAUGUCGUCAUAGAUCGAUGGUGGAAUUAGUGUUGGCAAAGUGACCGCCGCCAGCACCAAUGAUGAUUUGUGCGAGGUAAUCUCCAGUUGCUCGGGCAUGGUGACAUUGGUGCAACAACAGCAGACGUCCGACGAUGAUCACCAGUGUCAAAAGGAACAAGAACACGUAAGUGUUGUGCUGCCUGUGGAGAAUCACACGGUCGACAAAUAUCAGGGCGAGGUUGGGCGCUUGGCGAGCGAAACCGUGGUCGUCGUUCCCGGCAAUGGCAGUGUUGGAGAUUCCUCUACGCAGUGCAGUGACAUAGACGAUGACGACGAUGAGGAAGAGACGGAUGCUGAGGUGAGCGGUGGUUGGCUCACGAAUCUGCCGGUUCCGUCAACUAUCGUCCAGCAACAUCAAGCGGUCGCCACUGCGAACGGUGACGUUGUCCUGCCGAACGCCGACCCGUCGAAUUUCGGUGAUGUGUGCGUAAAGAAUUCAACGAACGUGCAUUUGGGUAACAAGACCUUUUACAAGGGUCCGGUCACCAUAAAGCAGUUCGUUUACACGAAUCCCACUUCGAUACAGGAUGAAGGAAGUUGUGUCUCCGACGCCAACGUUUCGGACUCGUCGGCGAACAAAAAUGACGGAACGACAGACAGACCCGUUUUAUCACAAAAUACGGAACUAAAUAAAGUGACGCAAUGGCUGUGGACGUGGAGAUGUGCGAUUUUGUUGUGCGCUCUAGCCUUAACACUUUUCGCUGCCAUAGUGAUCACUACUAUAUAUCUCACUCGUUACACAGAGGUACGGCGUGCGCCAAUUUUCCCGGAAAUUCCAGACUCCUCGCUCGAGGGUGUAAUAGUAGAUUCGGUACGUUUCGUCGAGAGGAAUGAAUGGGGUGCACAACCGCCUUCGGAGACCUUGACAAAGUUAAAACUGCCGGUACCCUACGUAAUUAUUAGUCACACUGUCACCGAUUUCUGCAACACUCAAUCCCAGUGCACACUUCAUGUAAGAGUUGCUCAGACUUUCCACAUUGAAUCUAAAAAAUGGUCGGAUAUCGGUUAUAAUUUUCUCGUCGGAGGAGAUGGCCUCGCAUACGUUGGUAGAAGCUGGAAUUAUGUGGGUGCCCAUUCUUUCGGUUUCAACAACAAAAGCAUCGGCAUUUCUUUCAUCGGUACAUUCAACACGGUCCUACCACCUAAAGUACAACUACAUGCCGCGCAAAAAAUUAUAGAGCUCGGCGUCAAAGGUGGUAAAAUUGCGCAUAAUUAUAAAUUAUUAGGCCACCGACAAGUUUCGAAAACUUUGAGUCCUGGAGAAGCUUUAUAUAACGAAAUUAAAACGUGGCCUCAUUGGUCACCUAAUCCUUAAGAUUUGAUAGUGUGAAAGUUUUAUGAAAGAACAAAGGAUAAAUAAUUUUAAAAAAAAGGCCAGAUUUUUUUUUUCUUUAAAAUGUGUCGUUGCUGUCUAGUUGCUUCAAUCAGAUAAUUUAAAUAACUUAGAUAAUAGUUUAUUGUGAAAAUAUUGUUAUCUAACUGUGAAAGUGUCUUGCAUCGGUCAAAUUUUGUGAUAAAUAUAACAUUAAUAAACGAAUAAGUUAGAAAUUAAUGAAAUGCAUAUAAAAUAUGAUAUAAAUAGAAAAUAUGAAAAAUUGAGUAUAUUGAUUGCUAAUGUGUUGAAGCAUCUAUUUCAGUUGACUGCAUAAAAGAAUAAAGAUGUGACAAUUACUAUAUUUUAUAGUAUGCGCUAAUUAAUAGUCUCAUAAUCUCAUUAAAAAAUAUAAGUUGAACACUGUAUAUAUUAUAAAGAUAACAUUGUAUGUUUAAUGAGCUAUAAAUUUUGUAAUAAAAAAAUUUGCUAAAUA